UACUGGAACUUUCUGUCAGGACGGACAAGUUGAGGGCAGCCACUGCGCAUGCGCUUUCUGGAUACUUCUUCACGUGGAGCUGUCCCGUCCAGUGUGUGAGACCCACGCUCCGUGCAGACCCACGCCGGCUCGCUGACCUCCCACACGACCUGAAAUGGCCUUCAGAAAGUUCCUGCCGCUGUUCGACCGGGUUCUGGUGGAACGUCUGACGGCCGAGACGGUGACGAAGGGUGGCAUCAUGCUGCCGGAGAAAUCCCAAGGAAAGGUUCUGCAGGCCACGGUGGUGGCGGUCGGACCCGGAUCAGUCAACCAGGAUUUCUACAACUGGCCGGAUGAAUCCUUCGAGGAGAUGGACAGCACGCUGGCAGUCCAACAGUACAUUCAGCAGAACAUUCGGUCGGAUUGCUCCAACAUUGAUAAAAUCCUGGAGCCUCCGGAGGGCCAGGAUGAAGGAGUGUGGAAGUACGAGCACCUCAGGCAGUUCUGUCUGGAGCUCAAUGGAUUAGCUGUAAAACUGCAGAGUGAGUGUCAUCCAGACACCUGCACCCAGAUGACGGCCACAGAGCAGUGGAUCUUUCUAUGUGCCGCCCACAAGACCCCCAAAGAGUGUCCUGCCAUCGACUACACCAGGCACACGCUGGACGGAGCUGCCUGUCUUCUCAAUAGCAACAAAUACUUCCCCAGCAGGGUGAGCAUCAAGGAGUCUUCUGUGGCCAAACUGGGCUCCGUCUGUCGUCGCAUCUAUAGGAUAUUCUCUCACGCCUACUUCCACCACCGCCAGAUAUUCGACAAGUACGAGAAUGAGACGUUCCUGUGUCACCGGUUCACACGCUUCGUCAUGAAGUACAACCUGAUGUCCAAGGACAACCUGAUCGUUCCCAUCCUGGAGGAGGAAGUCCAGAACACCUCAUCAGCUGGAGAGAGCGAAGCCUAACAGCUGCUCCCUGAGGAGAUCCACGUAAACACAAUCUGUACACAACACAUCCUGAAACACCAACACUACAGCAGGAGCAGAACCACCUCCAUCUGUGUGCUCCUGUAGGAACCCACCAGAACCCUCACACCUCCACAGGAAGCAGCUCCGUAGGCUCUACUGAACACGUCCACUCUGGUCCUCCAACCUUCAAACAUCUCAUGAUUUAUCUGCAGCACAGCGGCUCUUAGGUCUGCUGGUGGAGCAGAACCGUGUUCCUGUGAUCACGCCUGAAGGAACUUUAUCCUCUGAAAGGUUCUAUCUGCAGAAAGUCGUCCUCUCUGGACCACAGCAGCGUCCACUUCUUUAGGUUCUGCUGGUUCAGCAGUGUUCCACUGCAGGAACGUCUGCAUCAUUUAUUAUGAACCCUGACCGCUUCGGUUCUGUUAGCGGGGAGGGAACACCAGAGGUUUAGUUGUUCUGCUGUUCUCUGCAGGAACUUUAGAAUGUCUCUCAGGCUGUUUCCAGGAAGUUUUAGUUCUGAUGAGCCCUGAAGAACGUCUGUUAGUGUUGAUGUAGAGCUCUGGAGGACACCGUCGUGUCCUCGUCCAUCAGCAGCGUUCUCUUUAGUACCCCAUCAACAGAACCCUUCAUGGUUCUGUCCUUCCUGCUCAUAGAACUGGAGCUAAUAAUCUGAGAGAAGCAGAGAGACGUUCUGUUGUAGAACACUGUUGAACCAAUCAGAUCUUCUAGGACCUUCAGUUCUAGUUGGAAGAACCUCAGAGGCCUCAGGUUCCUGCAGUGGAGAACAUCUUGUUCUCUGAUGAAAAGUCCCACAGUUUAAAUCCUCCAUUAGAACCUACAGAACCGACGCAGUGUUCUGGAACAUGGGCGUCACUUCAGCUCCCCUUUAGAACCUUUAGUCCCUCAGACAGGUGAGGUGUUCCUGGUGAGCUGUGGUGCUGCUUCCUGUGGACGUUGUGGUUCUACCUUCAGCAGCGGUAACCGUGGAGACGUAGUGUUUGGCUCCUCUGUACAUAGCCCUCCUUGGUUCUUCAUGUUCCACUCUCGGUGUUGCUUCUGUUCUGCUUGUGUUGCCUGGUCUGGGGCGUCCUUUAACGGAUCACUAAAUAAUAAUGCUCUUAAACACAGCGUAGAUGUGCGGCUUGUGUGCUAGUGAACAAAGAACCUUAAUCUGUAGCUUCGUCCGUGUUCUAGCAGUCCGAUUCGUGGGGGUUCUAGGGCGACUCUGGGCUAACUGAUCCUGCUUUGUGACCCUCUGAUCCUGAUCCUGUGUGGCCGACGGACAGAAGAACCGUUAAUCAGAGAGUAGAUCCUGAAGGAGGAACGUCGGCCACUUCCUGUAUCGGAGCACAACCUCUUCUUAACCUCCUCAUUAAGUUAUUUUGUGGGAGGAGUCUUGUCAAUCCAACCCACUUUUUUUUAAUGGACUAAAAAAUUUUGUUACUGUCGACAUUUUCAUGAUGUCUGUUAAUAAAAAAGAACCUAUUAUUCA